AAAACAGGUGUCGGUAAAAGUGCAACCAUAAAUUCGAUAUUUGAUGAAGUUAAGUUUGACACUGAUGCUUUUCAGUUGGGGACAAAAAAGGUUCAGGAUGUUGUUGGGACUGUGCAGGGAAUCAAGGUUCGAGUAAUUGAUACUCCUGGGCUUCUGCCUUCCUGGUCAGACCAGCGCCAGAAUGAGAAGAUCCUUCAUUCUGUGAAACGAUUUAUUAAUAAGACACCCCCAGAUAUUGUUCUGUAUCUUGACAGAUUGGAUAUGCAGAGCAGAGAUUAUGGUGAUAUGCCGUUGUUGAGGACAAUUACCGAAAUCUUUGGACCAUCAAUAUGGUUUAAUGCCAUAGUUGUUCUGACGCAUGCUGCAUCUGCUCCACCUGAAGGCCCCAAUGGUACUGUAACGAGCUAUGACAUGUUUGUAACUCAGCGGUCUCAUGUUGUCCAGCAAGCAAUACGUCAGGCUGCCGGAGAUAUGCGCCUUAUGAAUCCUGUUUCGCUAGUUGAGAAUCACUCAGCAUGCAGGACAAAUAGGGCUGGACAAAGAGUGUUGCCAAAUGGACAGGUUUGGAAGCCUCACUUGUUACUUCUGUCGUUUGCGUCAAAAAUAUUGGCUGAAGCAAACACAUUGCUUAAAUUACAAGAUAGCCCACCAGGCCGGCCUUAUGCCACUAGAACGAGAUCUCCUCCUUUACCUUUCUUGCUGUCAUCCCUUCUACAGUCAAGGCCACAGGUUAAACUACCAGCGGAUCAAUUUGGUGAUGACGAUGAGACCUUGGAUGAUGAUCUGGAUGAGUCUUCAGACUCAGAAGAUGAAUCAGAAUAUGAUCAGCUGCCACCUUUCAAACGCUUGACCAAAGCUCAGCUGGCAAAGUUGUCCAAAGACCAGAGGAAGGCAUACAAUGAUGAGCUGGAAUACAGGGAAAAGCUUUUUAUGAAAAAGCAGUUGAAGGAAGAGAGGAAGAGGCGGAAGAUGAUGAAGAAAAUGCAAGCUGCAGCUGAAAGUUUACCACCAACUGAUCCCAGUGAAAAUGUAGAUGAGGAGACUAGCGGUGCAGCAUCAGUGCCAGUACCCAUGCCAGACUUGGCGUUACCAGCGUCAUUUGAUUCUGAUAAUCCAACUCAUAGAUAUCGAUAUCUCGAUUCUUCUAAUCAGUGGCUUGUGAGGCCUGUCCUAGAACCUAAUGGUUGGGACCAUGAUGUUGGUUAUGAGGGCAUCAAUGUAGAAAGAUUGUUUGUUGUCAAAGACAAGAUCCCUAUAUCUUUGUCCAGUCAGGUUUCGAAGGACAAAAAGGACACCAAUCUUCAAAUGGAAAUUGCAAGUUCAGUGAAGCAUGGGGAUGGAAAAGCUACUUCUGUAGGUUUUGAUAUGCAGUCAGUCGGUAAAGACCUUGCUUAUACUCUUCGCAGUGAGACCAGAUUCUGCAAUUAUAGGAAGAAUAAGGCGACAGCUGGUCUUUCAGUAACUCUCUUAGGUGAUGUCAUGACAGGUGGGGUGAAAGUUGAGGACAAAUUGGCUUUUAAUAGACGGGGACUAUUGGUUGUGUCUGGGGGUGCCAUGUUUGGCCGUGGUGAUGUUGCUUAUGGUGGUAGUUUGGAAGCGACGUUGCGAGACAAAGAUCAUCCUCUUGGUCGUUUCCUCUCAACUUUGGGGCUCUCGGUUAUGGACUGGCAUGGAGAUCUUGCUAUCGGAUGCAAUUCACAAACACAGAUACCUAUUGGACGACACACAAACUUGAUUGGCCGUGUCAACAUUAACAAUAAGGGGUCUGGACAAGUUAGUAUUCGUUUGAACAGUUCAGAACAGCUUCAGAUUGCCUUGGUAAGCUUAAUUCCACUUGUCCAAAAGCUGCUUAGCUUCUCUCAACCAGUGCAAUUUUGAUGAUGAUGAAAAUAAGGCCACUGCACCAUACUGCCAUUCAGUAAUCCGCAAAUCACUUCUAUAGUGGCCAUCAGCUGAUCUGCAUCACUGAACACACAUUGUUUUCUUGAGACGAGAGAGAGAGGAGAUGCGUUAUCGAGCUUCAUGAGGAAAAAUGUUUGUCCAAUAUCAUCUGAAAGCAUUCGGUUGUAGCCUAAGAAGAGAGUUUAGCCAACCCCCCUGUUCAAAUUUCAAUUUUGGUUAUUAUCAUGAAACUGAGAUUGAAUGUUCUUGUAAACUUGAUUGGGAAACGUUUAGCUGGUUAAGUUUCUAAAUAGAUAAUGAAAAAUGGGUUAAUGGUAUAGCAAAUUGAGUUUAGCUAUUGUAAAUGGGGGCUGCUGUUAUGCCCCUGAUGAGCUGUUCCGGUAUGCUCUUUUCCCGGGCUACAUUGAACUGCAUUUUUGUAUUUGGUCUGCACUUCCUUGCUGGUUAAGUAGUUUCUAGUCUUGAGAUUUAUUGUGAGAUUUUAAUGAUUGGAGUUUAUUUAGCUCAGUCGGAUGGAUGCUUGUGCUUUUAUUCUAUUAAUAAUAGUAACAUACAAAGCCAA